GUGGCCACAUGCUUUCGGGGUUAAGCUUUGUAAAUAAUAAUUGAAAGUCGCGGUUGUUUAUGUUAGGUUAUGAGUUAUGGGAAAGUCUAAGAACAAGAAAGGGAAGGGGACUAGGAACAACCCCACAGGUCUUCCAAGCGUCAAAGAUUUUAAUUUAGAACAAGAUGAGUUUGGAGAUGGUGACACAUACAGCCACUCAGUGGCCAAUAUUGUUGAAAAGCUCCAGAGCCUAAAUGAAGAAGAGAAGAUUUGUGCUUGCAGCACUAUUUCUACCCUGGUCCGACAACCGAAGGCCAUAAGGAUGCUACUUCAGAAUAAUGUUGUUAAAGUGAUGGGGCCACUCAUAGUGGACAGUAGUCAACAAGUCAGGAAGACAGCACUAGGUGCACUCAGGAACAUGACUGUAGAUGGCAGCUUUGAUGUUUGUGACAAAAUGAUAGAUGCAGAUGUGUUGACUCCACUGUUUGCUCUCCUCGCCGAGUAUGAAGAGGAGUGGAGUCCCAGUGACAAGGACGAGAGACUAGAUAUUAUUGUUCAAGCCACUCAUUUACUGUGGAAUUUAUGUGAGAGCAAUGAAAUAACCGUGAAGAGAUUUAACCAGGAAAAUGUUUUGCCAAUAUUACUACAGUGUUUGCAGCCUCAGGUGUACGGCUAUAAUCUGGCAUUGGUUGUAGCACAGUGUCUACAAACAGUCAGCGAGGACAAUCCAGAGAUCAUGUCAGCACUCAGCAAGGAGGCCACCAUGACCUUACUGAUGGAUCUUAUACAGAGGAAACAUGAAGAUAUGCAACAGAUGCUGCUCAGAGUGGUAGCGGCAGGCAUCCUGUAUAAUGCGAGUGGUGGUCAGUUAAACAGAGUGUCCGGCUCCUUGGUCACUGCAGUGGUCGGGACACUGGCGGAGGCUCUGGAAGUGGACGCAUACAGACACAUUGAGGAGAUGGCAUUUCGACUCAAACAGAAUGAUGCUUCUAUGAAUGGCACAGCAGAAGGUGGGGCCAUGGAAAAUGGAGCAGGGGAUGGAGGAAAAGAUGAAAAGAAGCACACAAAGAAUGGAUUGGAGAAAGAAUUAAAUGAACUAGAAUGCCUUUUGACUGCCCAGAGGACAGCUUUGGAGAUAAUCACUAAUCUCUGUUGUACAGAUGAUGAGGAAGAAGUGUGGGAGGACCUGGACAGCAGUGAUGCCAGCUCUGAUGAAAUGUUAACAGCAGAUGUUGAUAUGGAGGGAUCUGAUGAAACAGUAUUAAGUCAUCUCUGUGUCCAGUCUGAAGUCCACGGUGCUUUUGUUACUAAUAAUCUUGUUCCUAGGGUGAUGUGCAAAACUAAUUUCCCCAGUGCUGAAGUUCACACAAUAUUAAGCGGAUAUGGGAGGGGGAAGAAAUUGUUGAAAAGUAUUGAAGUCCUGCAGUCCCGCUCCCUGUUGUGUGUCAGUAACAUGGUCAGUGGUAUGGACAUUGAGGCACUUGGAGGGAUGGACAAGCUGCACUUAAUUUGGGAGAACCUUUCCCAACUUGCUCUUAAUAAACAAGCUGUAGAGAGUGCAGAUCUGUUGGAAGCUGUCACCAGUGCCAUGAGAGCAACUAUACAGAAACUGGCUGAACACAAGUCUCCUAAGUUCUCCAGUGUUGUCCCCAGUGACCUCCAGUUUGUGUUUGAGCUGGGACAGCAGAGCAGUCAUCCCCCAGUCAAGGCCAAUGCUGUGAGGAUAUUGUCCACUAUUGGUUGUCUGCUUGCCAAACAGAUGGAGCCACAUAGCCUGCUUAAGAAUAUUGGCACAUUUCUUGUGGAAAUAGUGAGCAAGGACCAGGAAUUGUGGGUGGUUGCUGAGGCGCUGGACGCCAUCUUUGAUGUAUUUGCGGAGGAUCAUCUAGACCCAGUUGUCAGGGAGAUAGGGUUAACAGACAAACUCAAGGCUGUGGCACCGCAGCUGAAGGCCAAGAUUCAUCAACAGAAGAGAAGCCUAGGAGACCAUCUCCCUAUCAUCAUGACAGCAAGGACAAAUCUGAUGCGGUUCAUCAAGUACAAAUCUUGACCAGGAGAUUGACUUUAAGAUGUUUUUUUUUUCCUUCUAAUAGUGACUUAAAACUCAGCAGUCAUUUGGAUCAGAGAAAUAAUUGAAGUAUUGUACUUCAAGUUCCAUUAUUUUCUGUAACAUGCAAUUUUUUCAUUCUUUUUAUAUAGUCCCAAUGGAUGAUUUAUGUGUUGUCAGAAAAGACUGGCGUUGAAUGUGUGGGUAUUAUUAGCAUUUUGCAGAGGUCUCAAUGGAUGAUUACUGUAUGCAAGAUCAGUAUUGAUAAGAAGUGUUGCCUCAAUUUUUGUCUUCAUCUUUUCCUAUGUUUCUCUUGAUUUCAAGAGCAAGAUAUUAUUUUCGUAAUGAGAUCUGAAAAGCUUAUGGUUUCAUUUCAUCCAAUAAUU